UGGAAGCUAAGUAAGAACGCGUCACCUUUGUAUUCUUCUAUUGUAAUCUAGGAAAUAACGCCUUUUUGUUACCUGAAUCAAUCAAUCAAUCAAUAAUGCUAUUCUUCUCUUGUCUUCCAGUCCAUCAUAACUCACGCAACGUAGCGUAGACACUUGUUCUUCAUCAUUGCAUGGACUCCCAACCGCGCUAUCUCAUUCUCCGCCCUGAAAACGGUGGUUUUAUGAACCUACUCACCAAUGCUCUCUCCGGCGGUGACUUUAACCGCUUUCUCGACUAUUCUCAACUCACAUCUUUACCUUCAUUCGUGGCUCCAACUCCCUCUCCCAUUCCUGAUCACAGAUGGGUCAUCUUCGUUUCCAUUUUUGUUCGCAAAUUCAUCUCUUUCCUUGCCAAGCCUAUGGACUGGACCGGCCGUUUUCUUGAGUUUUUCCUCAAUCUCCUCUCCCUCAACGGUUACUUCUUUGGUCUGCUUCACAACUUAACACAUGGCAAAAUGGUCAUACCUCAGAGGGGCUCACAAAAUUUUAUAAGUACAAUUGGUCAUUUAGAUGCCAGGCUUGAUCUCAAAUUUGUCAGAGAGGGAGAAUUCAAGCCGCAAUUAGGCAACCGCGCUUUAAUGGACCUCUGCAUUAUGUCUUCCAAGUUAGCAUAUGAGAACCCUAAACUCAUCCAAAAUAUCGUCACCACCCGAUGGAACAUGCACUUUGUCGAUUUCUAUGACUGCUGGAAUGAUUUCCAGAAACAGAUGUCCACUCAAGUUUUCAUUCUAUGUGACAAAGCCAAAGAUGCUAAUUUGAUAUUAAUCAGCUUUAGGGGUACUGAACCUUUUGAUGCGGAUGAUUGGUGUACUGAUUUUGAUUAUUCCUGGUAUGAAUUUCCAAAUGUGGGAAAAAUCCACAUUGGAUUCCUAGAAGCCCUUGGUCUGGGAAAUAGAGAUGAACCCUCCACCUUCUACUCUAAUCUCCAACGGAAAGAUCCAAAAUUAAUGAACUCUGGAGCUAAUUACUCUUCAAAAAGCAACUCUGAAUCACUGUUCUCAGGCAUUGAUUCUGAUGAGGAUCCAUCUUUCACGUAUGAGACUCAACAGAAAAAAACUGCAUAUGACAUUGUGAGAAGUAAACUCAGAAGCUUAUUAGAGGAGCAUAAGGAUGCAAAAUUCAUUGUUACCGGGCAUAGCUUGGGGGGAGCCUUGGCCAUAUUGUUUCCAACAGUGCUUGUGGUGCAUAAAGAGAUGGAGAUUAUGGAAAGGCUGCUUGGUGUAUACACAUUUGGCCAACCUAGGAUUGGGAAUAGGCAGCUUGGGAGAUUCAUGGAACCUCAUUUGAAUCACCCUGUUCCAAAGUACUUCAGGGUGGUUUACUGCAAUGAUAUUGUCCCCAGGUUGCCUUAUGAUGACAAAACCUUCCUGUACAAACAUUUCGGAGAGUGUCUUUACUACAACAGCCACUACGUUGAAAAAGAUGUGAAGGAGGCGCCAAAUAGAAAUUUCUUCGGAAUGAGGUUCAUAUUAUCACAAUAUUUGAAUGCUCUGUGGGAGUUAAUUCGAUGCUUGACAAUGGGUUACGUUGAAGGAGCAGAGUAUAAGGAAGGGUGGUUUCGCAUGCUGGUAAGGAUAAUAGGACUGGUACUUCCUGGUUUUUCGGCUCAUUGUACCACAGAUUAUGUCAAUUCUAUCAGACUUGGAAAGAAAAGCUCCCCUCAUAUGUCUUCUAUCUAAGAAGGCCUCUUAAGAACUAUGUGGCUGCCUUGUUAUCUGUAUCCAGAAGUUGCUCGGAUUUGUCAGGUGUCUAAAAUGCAUACAUGAACGCUUAAGACUGUGGUUCUUUUCUUUUGCAAGAUAUUGUUAUCCCUGUUAUGCGUUUUCUUAUGUCGGUGAUAAUGAGUAUGUUAUAAAUUAUAAUUACCACCAGGUAAAUACUUGAAAGAAAUGUAUCCAUGACAAGAUUUUGUUAAAAGCAAUCAUGAUAUAAGUAUAACA